AUGUGGACAGAAUGCGGUGAAGCAUUAACUCCUUUACUGCUGGGAAAGGAGGUUUCCAUUCAGCGGGGGGAAAGCGCGUUCUCCCUUUGCAGUAGGAGCAGAGUAAGAAGGCUCGGCUGUGAGCGAGCGUCAGAUUGCAAAAGGAGGCUCCUUGAGGGAGGAGAUUCGGCCAAAGGGAGGGGCACAGACCGGGAAUCGCUGCAGACACUCAACCUCUUCACUGCUCGCUCUCUUUUGUUUUCUCUUUACCUGAUCUCUCGUGGCAUUGUGUCCAAAAAACGUCCCCCGCCCGGCACCAUGGAUAACUUCCAGACCGUCCUGCGUUUCUUCAUGAACCAGAAGGCCACCAUCGGCUACAGCUUCAUGGCUAUCCUCACAAUAGGCGGGGAGCGAAUCUUCUCCAUGGUUUCUUUUUCCUGCCCGUGCAACCACGAUCAGAACUUUGCCUACGGGCUGACUUUCCUCCUGGGCCCGGCGGCGGUGCUGCUGGUUCUGGGCCUCUUCUUCAGCAGCCGGCUGUGGAGGCUCUACACCGGCUGCUGCCUCAACCCCAUGAAGCUUUGCCCACGGGGGAACUGCCUCGGCUGCCUCAGGGCGUUCGCAAACAUCUUCACAAGCGCCUGCGUGGCCCCCGUGAUGUGGCUCUCGGUGGCCCUGCUCAACGGGACCUUUUAUGAGUGUGCCGUCAGCGGCCUCGACGAAAACGUGGUGGUGGAUCUGUUCUGUAAAAACAAGACCAUGAAGUGUCGGGAGGAGCUCGCCCAAGUGCCGUGUGACCGGUCCACCCUGUCCAAGGAUGAGCGCAUGGAGCUGCUGCUGAUGUUCAGGGCCCAGUCACAGAUCCUGGGCUGGUGUAUCAUCAUCGUGGCUGCGUUCGGGGGCCUCAUCUGCACCUGCUGCACAAACUGCCGCUCCAAAGUCAGCUACCUGCAGCUCACGUUCUGGAAGCGCUACGUGGAGAAAGAGAACGAGCGCUUUGACAGUUUUGCGCAGGACUACGCCACCAAGCUGGCCGAGAGAAACCUGCAGAGCUUCUUUGAGAACAAGGACCCCGAGGAGUUCCCCUUCCCCAGCCACAAGGCGUGGGAGGAGAUCUCGGCACACUACACCUUCUCCAGGAGCGAGCAGUGUUACAGCACCCUGCAGCGCUACGUGGAGAGGACAGACAGGGACUUUGAGAAGAGACCCGUAUUGGACCCGGAGCAUGGAAUGGAGGCGCUAUGAGAGGGGGCAAGCUGUGGUGACUCAGGAACAGAUGUCCUACACAGCCACCCUUUCAGAAUGUUGCUCACAAGUAUUUGCCAAACGACAAUGGUACAUCUUUCUCUAAGCACAUUAAAUAAUAAAGGGCAAAAUACCACUAUUUCAUACACACUAGCACUCCGUAACACUACAUGCAUUUAGGCAUUUUACACUAACACAGAGUAAUUUAUUAACAAACUGACUUAGUAAAUGUAUUACACAUCAAGUGUCUCCUGUUAUUUGAGUAUGUGAGAGAAUUAAGGCCGUGGUUUAGUCGAUUCACACCUGUUUUUCACUAGUUGAUCAGGCCCUCAUGUAUUUAGUCUGUGUGCUCUUCCUCUUUUAUGGGUGAGGUUUUUUUUGGAGCCAGGUAUAUUCUGCCUUUUCUGUUCCAUUUUUGGAUCCUCCUUUUAUGUCCAGUAAGUUUAAAUCCUUUAUUGCAUUAUGUCAAACAUGCUUGGACUAUCAGAUUAUCCCAAAGCUAUUUUAAUGAGAGCUGCAAUGGGAGAGACUGAGCUUACUUAUUCUGUGUUUUAGAAGAAAAUAAA